AUGGGCCUGCGUGAUACUUACCCGGCCUAUGGAGGUCGUGGUCCUGAAGAUCUUCGACUGGGCCUCGGACUGGGAUCGGUGGCCACCAUCUUUAUGAUCCUACGAGUCUAUGUACGAUUGCGGAUCAACACGUUUGGUACAAGAGCCUUGAUUCUGUCCUUGAUCGCCUGGCUGCUUACUGCGAUCACGCAGACAUUUAGCGUGAUCGCUAUUCUUCACGGACUAGGGAACCAUGUCGAAGCCAUCCUCAGUCAUGGGGAUCUGCGAAAAUACCUUCUCUUCACAUGGAUCACCAUAUUUUUCUUCAAUCUGGCUAUUCCAACUGGCAAGGUCGCUGUGGUGGCAUUCUUGAUCGAGAUGAAUGCGCAAGGCAACCCCAGAAUUCGCCGCAGUCUUAUCGCGGUCGCCAUUUUGAACAUCAUCCUCAACAUCCCGCAAAUCGUGCUACCUUGGUUCCAGUGCUCUCCACCAGGCGCACUCUGGGAUCCUGCACGCCAAGAUCAAUGUGACCCUCAAGUCAGUGUCCACUACACUUAUUUUGCAGGCAGCGUGGCGGCGCUGUCGGACUUUUAUCUGGCCAUCAUUCCCGCCGCCAUGUUGGCGCCGCUCCAGAUCGAUCGCAAGUUGAAAUGGGGUCUCAGCUUCCUCAUGGGCUGUGGGGUCUUUGCUGGUGUCGCAGCGAUUGUGCGCACAUGGGCUGCGAGCUUGAUAUUGGGCGACGAUCCUACAUAUGGCGUGGGUAUCUUGUUCAAAUGGGGUGAAAUCGAAGAGUGGGUGGUCCUCAUCACCAUGUCCAUCCCCCCUAUCUGGCCACUAAUCCGGCCUUUCACCUCUCGCUUCAUUCAGUCUCGAGGCCAAUCUCGCAGUCCUCCCGAUCCUCAUGGCUCGAGGGCUUCCUCGGCGGGGCAUCCAUUCACGAAUACGCCUGGCCCAGUCAUUACCACCACCAUCUCGGUCUCGUCUGGCAAAGCGCCGGGAUUCCCGAACUCGCCUCGCGACAUACCUUCAUCUGCCAACUCUAUCUCGAACAUGGGGCCGGAAGAUUUCGAGACGCCUCACACUGUGCUCGGCAGGGCUGGUAGUCCGGAAGGAUGGGUAGAGAUGGCUCACUAUCGGCCAUGA